AUGUCUCACCAGGCCGAGCUUCUCGCAAUGCCGCCAAGUCAUGCUCCCCCAGAACUAUACCCAGAACCCAUCUCGCUACGCACACUCGACCCGCAGACCGGCUCAACCUUCCCAGACCAAACAAGCACAGGUCCGCCAAUCGAUAGCGGCCUCUACGCAUGGCGCCUACUGCUAGCAGCAUUCGUCUUCGAGUCGCUGCUCUGGGGGUUUCCAUUGUCAUUUGGUGUCUUCCAGGAGCAUUACUCCCAGCUGUCAGAGUUCAAAGACAGCCCGUAUAUUUCCAUUGUCGGCACCACCGCGUCUGGGAUUUCGUACCUCGGCGCUCCCUUCAUCAUUCCCUUGAUCCAGCGUUGGAGACAGUACCGCACUCACAUGAUUCUCGUGGGCUGGCCACUGUGUGUUGCAGCGCUGGUGGCGGGCAGCUUUGCUGAUAGACUCGGUACUUUGGUUUUGACGCAGGGAGUGCUGUACGGUAUUGGGUUUGUUGUCUUCUACUACCCUAUUCUCUCCAUGGUGGACGAGUACUGGAUAAGGAGACGUGGCAUGGCAUAUGGACUUCUUUGCAGUGCGUCGGGCGUGUCAGGGGCAGUGACUCCAUUGAGUCUGCAAGCUCUGCUGAAGCGAUACGGACACAAGACGACGCUGCGAGGCGUGGCAGUCUUCCUGUUCGUCACGACCGGGCCGCUGAUACCGCUGCUAAAGGGCAGACCAGGUCAGCAGCAGAACGUCAGACUCAAAACAGACUGGUCGUUUUUGAAGCAACCGCUGUUCUGGAUCUACAGUCUCAGCAACCUGCUCAUGGGAUUGGGAUACUUCUUCCCGAGCUUAUACCUCCCUUCGUACGCCACCUCACUGGGUCUCACCACAUCCAAAGGCGCGCUCCUCUUGGCUCUCAUGAGCGUAAGCCAGGUCGCUGGACAGUUCACGUUCGGCUACCUCUCCGACAAACGCACGUCGCUCAACGCACUCAUCACCCUCUCCGCCUCCAUCGCCGCGCUUUCCACCUUGACCGCCUGGGGUCUCGCUCGCUCUCUUGCGCCGCUCAUCUCAUUCGCACUGCUGUACGGGUUCUUUGGCGCCGGAUACACGGCAAUGUGGGCUAGGAUGGUGACAGCGGUGAGCUCAGAGCCUUCCGCCGCGCAGGCCAUGUUCGGGCUGUUCAACUUUGGCAAGGGGAUUGGGAACGUGGCAGCGGGCCCAAUUAGUGCGGGCUUGCUGAGGUGGGGGAGUGGUGAGGAGGAGUAUGGGAUGGGGACGUACAAGGCUGUCGUGGUGUUUUCAGGGGUCUGCUUGCUGCUGAGUGCUGGCAGUCUGGGUACGGUGUAUAUUAGACCGAAGACCUGA